CAUAGUGUCCUUAAUCAGGUUUUGUUAUAUAUUCGAGUGCUUCGCGAAUCUUGGAAUUGUCUUUUCAGCCUCUGUUUUACAGAAGAAACAAGUUGGUUGUAUUCAUCUAUUUCCUUUAUUUUCAAUACGUAAUUUUUAUCAAAUCCAAUUCUCAUUUGCGCGAUUUUCUAGCAAUUUACCUCGUCUGUACUUUUUUUCCUUACAGAACAUCUGGAGUGUCCGGAAGAAAAGAAUUCCGGAACAACUCGCACCACGAGACAAUGAGCUUGCUACAAAACGAAAGUUUGGUAAUAGAAAAGAACUGUUCCGAUUCAAAUGCUAACAAUUUGAAAACGGCUCUUCACGCCAGUGUAAUCAUCUUGAUAAUGACUCUUAUAGUUCUUGGAAAUCUUAUGGUGCUUAUCGUAACUUUUCGCCAAAGAAGCCGUCCCAGCGUGCGAGUGGCAAACAUGUUCAUCGCCAAUCUCGCUGUUGUGGACCUCUCCGUUGCAGUAUUACUGUUUCCCUUUUCCGUUGUGACGAUUCUACUUCGUCGAUGGGCCUUUGGAGAGGCGUUAUGUCAGUUCAAUGGCGCCACUAAUAUGAUUGCGGGUGCAGCUUCCAUCCUGACAAUGGCGGUUAUCAGCUUUGACAGGUAUCGUGCAAUAGUUUCGCCACCGGGCAGUAAGGUCACCCCUAAACAGGCCUGGGUACUACUAGCCGUAAUAUGGGCGUGGUCGAUCACCAUUGGCGUUCUUCCAGUUCUUGGUUGGAACCAAUACGCACAUAGCUCUCUGAACACCAUGUGCAAGAUUUCGUUCAGCGAGGGACGCGGCUACAUCCUUUUGGUGAUAAUUAGCUGUUUUGUGAUGCCAUUAUUAGCAAUGUUCUACUGCUAUCUGCGAAUUUUCUUCAAAGUGCGUUUCCACAAGAAGCAAGUUCAAAGAUGGAGUGACAGCAGACAAUCACAGAAAAAUUUUAGGCGCGAAACGAAGACAGCGCAAGUGGUUUUCACGGUGCUUUUCGUUUUUGUUGUGUGUUGGACCCCGUUUGUCAUUGUGCAUUUUCUGCAGUCACUUCCAACGAUAAGCAUUUCACGCGUUAUUUUUCAUUCAGUAACGCUUGUAGCAGGCGUGCAUUCGGUCUGCAACCCAAUCAUCUAUACCACGAUGAACAGAGCGUUUCGUAACGAGUUGCGCCAAGUAUGUCAGUGCGUUGUUUGUGGGCGCGUCAAAUGCUGCGGCGGUGAUAACCUUGUACAGCCCUUUAGUUUGGAAACUAGUUUCACACAAAGAUCAUAAAAAAAAUAUACCUCUUUGUUGCCAAGCUUACCGCUGCUACACGACAGCGAAGUUGAACAGCUUAUUGCAAUCGUUUUGAUGGAGACAUAACGCAAUACAAACACAAUCAAGUGAAGAAAGCAACGCUAUGAGGUGACAUUGCCAUUAUGAGAUGGAGUGUU